AUUCACAGAAGCAAGGGGGUAAUUUUCCAAGAUGGCGGCUUCCAUCAGCGACGAAAUCAAAAGUAUUUCUCUCCACAAUCUUCGUCCUGUGGUGUUCCAUGGCUACGUUUUUCCCUUUAUUUUUCUAUACAGCAUUUGGCUGUAUUUCUGGGUUGGUGUCUAUGGUGUGAAUGAGUACUUUGAAGCCGGUUUGAUCGCUUUAGCGAUCGUCGGAUGUGUUCAGAUACUGGUUUGCUUGUUUUGCCAUUGGUCUGUGCACGUCUGGUGUUCACUCACGUGUACAACGGAAAAUGAUCCUUUCAAAGCAGGAUGGCUCAAAGUGGUACCCACUGAAAACAAUGGAUACCCAGAUAUCAUCAAGCUUCAUAAUGAUAAGGCAAAAGAGGACAACAAGCCACAGCUUUGGUUCAUCUUCCAGAAGACCAAGUACAUCUAUGAUGCUGAGGAGAAGAAGAGGUUCCAGUCCGUCCAGUUCCCCACAAACUUGCCCCUCAGGGAGUACCAGUCCUGGAAGGGUUACACGGAGGACACGGAGGUGGCUGAGGCCAAGAACAAAUAUGGAGACAAUGAACUCAACAUGGAGCCUCCAAUGUUCAAGGAUCUGUUCAAGGAGAGAGCCACAGCUCCUUUCUUUGUCUUCCAAGUCUUCUGUGUUGGUCUCUGGUGUCUGGAUGAGUAUUGGUACUACAGUAUCUUCACUCUCUUUAUGCUGGUGACAUUUGAAGCGACCUUGGUACAGCAGCAGCUGAGAAACAUGGCCGAGAUCAGGAAGAUGGGAAACAAGCCGUUCCAUAUCCAGGUGUACCGUAACCGCAAGUGGCGCCCAAUCAUGAGCAAUGAGCUGGUACCCGGUGACAUCUGCUCCAUUGGCCGUUCACAGAACGAGAACCCGGUACCCUGCGAUAUGCUUCUGCUGAGGGGACAGUGUAUUGUGGAUGAGUCUAUGCUGACAGGCGAGUCUGUACCACAGAUGAAGGAAUCUAUUGAGACUUGCGAGGGAGGCGACAUCCUUGAGAUACAGACAUACGGCAAGCUGCAUGUUAUCUUUGGUGGGACCAAGGUUGUUCAGCACUCUCCACCCAGCAAGUCAGCCAGUGGACUCAAAGCUCAUGACAAUGGAUGUAUUGCAUAUGUUCUCCGCACUGGAUUCAAUACAUCACAGGGUCGGCUCCUGCGCACAAUCCUGUUUGGGGUCAAGAGAGUCACAGCCAACAACUUGGAGACAUUCCUCUUUAUCCUGUUUCUCCUGAUCUUCGCUAUUGCUGCAGCUUCUUAUGUGUGGAUUGAAGGUUCCAAGGACCCGGACAGAAAUAAGUACAAGUUGUUCCUGGAGUGUACCCUGAUCCUGACCUCAGUGGUCCCCCCUGAGCUGCCUAUAGAGCUCUCUCUAGCCGUCAACUCCUCCUUGCUGGCUCUCAGCAAACUUGGUGUGUAUUGUACUGAGCCAUUCAGAAUUCCAUUUGCUGGGAAAGUAGACAUGUGCUGCUUUGACAAGACGGGGACUCUGACCAGCGACAACUUGGUGGUGCAAGGAAUAGCAGGACUCAAGGGUGGUUCCACGAUCUGCCUGAUCGCUGACUGUCCUAUUGAGACACAUCAGGUGUUGGCCACCUGCCAUUCAUUAGUACAGCUGGAUGACACUAUAGUCGGUGACCCACUGGAGAAAGCCACACUCACUGCUGUGGACUGGACACUUACCAAAGGUGACGUGGUGAUUCCACGCCGCAUCAGGGGCCAGCCUCUCAAGAUAGUUCAGCGCUACCACUUCUCUAGCGCCCUCAAGAGGAUGGCUGUCUUGGUCUCCAUGCAGGAGGCGGGGUCAACCGAACACAACUUCAUGGCUACAGUCAAGGGGGCCCCAGAAACACUCAGAGCUAUGUUUUCCACAGUGCCUGAUGACUAUGAUGCUGUCCACUCAGAAAUGUCCAGGCUUGGUGCACGGGUGCUGGCCCUCGGUUACAGGAAACUGGGACACCUUUCAGCACAGAGGAUCCGGGACAUGCACCGUGAUGAGGUGGAACACGAUCUUCUGUUUGCCGGAUUUGUCAUCAUCUCCUGUCCUCUAAAGAACGACUCCAAGGCAGUUAUCAAGGAAAUACAGCAUGCAUCGCACCAUAAUGUGAUGAUCACUGGCGACAAUCCUCUGACUGCCUGCCAUGUUGCUAAGGAACUGAAAAUCACCAGGAAACAGCACACACUCAUUCUCAGCCCGCCUCAGAAUGCCGGAAAGACGGAGAACUCUGAGACAGCCACACAGAACCACACGGAGGAAAGAAACACAGAUGAUCCAUUGCAAGAGUGGCACUGGCAGUCUAUAGACGACACAGUUACCCUACCCAUGGUGCCUAGAAGCAGAGGGGAACAACGAGAGCUGAUUCAAAAAUAUGACUUGUGCAUGACUGGGGAGGCUUUGCAUUACAUGCAGACUGUGAGUGCUAAGUUCUUCAACAGUGUGUUACCCUACAUCAAAGUGUUUGCCAGGGUCGCCCCCAAACAAAAGGAAUAUGUGGUGACAUCUUUGAAGAGACUAGGUUACACGACACUGAUGUGUGGAGAUGGCACAAAUGAUGUAGGAGCAUUGAAACAUGCCCAUGUUGGUGUUGCCUUGUUGUCCAACAUUCCAGAAAGAGUGCUUGAAAGGAUGAAGAAAAAGGCCAAGGAGGAACAAGAGCAAGCGAACAAUGUAAAGCAGGACUCCAAGCACAAGGGCAAGACAGACAAAGAGAAAUCCGUCGCCGAUGUAGUGAGGGCCAGACAGGGUGCUGGGGGCUCCAGCAAGGCUGCAAAAACCAGAGCUGUACAGAGAGGGGAAGACGUCACUAGGAAGCGUAUUAAUGCCAUCUUGAAGGAUAUAGAUGAGCAGGAUCAGCCCCAGGUUGUCAAGCUAGGAGACGCAAGCAUUGCAUCACCAUUCACAUCCAAACUCUCAUCUAUUAUAUGCGUGUGUCACAUCAUCAAGCAGGGUAGAUGUACCCUGGUCACCACACUACAGAUGUUCAAGAUCCUAGCCUUGAAUGCUCUCAUCUUAGCCUACAGCCAGAGUGUCCUGUACUUGGAUGGAGUCAAGUUCAGUGAUGGCCAGGCUACUUUACAAGGACUUCUGCUGGCUGGCUGUUUUCUCUUUAUAUCUCGCUCAAAGCCUCUGAAGUCACUAUCCAAGUCUCGUCCCCUGCCUAACAUCUUCAACCUGUACACUAUCCUGACGGUAUUGAUGCAGUUUGCCGUCCAUUUUGUGUGUCUUAUCUAUCUAGUAGGAGAGGCCAAGGCUAGAUCCCCACCAAGGGAAGGAAAGUUUGUAGAUUUAGAAAAAGAAUUCCACCCCAACUUGUUGAAUAGCAGUGUCUACAUUAUAUCCAUGAUGUUGCAAGUCAGCACUUUUGCAGUCAACUACAAGGGCCAUCCAUUCAUGGAAAGCCUGAAGGACAAUAAACCCUUACUCUACAGUCUGUUGAUAUCUGGCGUUGCCAUCAUAGCACUGACCACAGGUAUCAUACCGGAGAUAUCAGACCAGUUUCAGAUUGUAGAGUUUGAAUCAGAGUUUCGUAUGUUGUUGCUCCAGGGUCUCUUCGCUGACAUGGCAGCUGCUUUACUCAUAGACAGAACUCUACAAUUCGUCCUUGGAAAUGCCAAACUGAAGACUGGUUGAAACGUUCUGUUGUUCAGGAAAUACAUGUUGAGGGCUAGUUUUUUAGGUACCAGUUUGAUAGCGUAUUGUGUAGAAGUAGUGACUAUUGGUGAAGGUUUAGCCCGGAAACAAAAAAAGGGUAUCCGUUUUCAGUGGUACAGUUAUGACCAAGUUCUUUAUCACUGUGGUAAUAUACUGGUGUAGACAUAAUUUGUUCAAUUAUAAUAAAAAAUUAGAAUUAAAAUCCUGAGAAGCCACAAUCACGUUUUUAUUGCUUGAUUCCUUAAAACAAAAUCGCUUAAUUGAGAUCAGCUCAUGUAUUUAUGUUCAAAUUACUAAAUCCCUUUUCAAAGCCAUGGAAAAUGAAACACACAAGUUGCAUUGUAUUCCUUGACCAUACAGUUUUUGUCAUUAUGUUGAAUGCAAGACCACUUUAUGAUGUUGAACAAUUAAAUCUUGUAAAUUGAGUUAAAUACACACAAAUACACACUUGAAAAUGUGGAUGGAAGUAUCCCCAAAGUAAAAACUAAUAUUUUUUUUAGUAAUUUGCUGCAUCAGUUACAAUUGAUAGAAAUAAUGGAAACGUUUAUCUAAUUAGUCUGUGAAAAUGCUGUCUUGUAAUUAAUGAAUAGUCUGUUGGCGCCAGACUGCUAAUUGGCAAUUUAAAAAUUGUGUGUCUGGGAAUUGCCAAUUGUAUUUGUCCCUGGGAGCAGGGGGCUAUCUGUCUUGUUUUUAUUACUGCCAAAACAAUUAGGAACCACACAGGUUAACUUUGAGCAAAUGCCAAACCAGUAUUUUGGUUGGCAUAACUGUGUUUACUGUUUAUAAAACAAAACAGUGUGCAAACGAUUACAGCUGUGAGAAAACUGGCCCAAAAUAACAAAACUGUAAAACAGAUGAGUACCAGAUGACAAUUCCCGAUUAUUUUUCCAAGUAAAGUUGGAAACUCUUUGAAAUUCUACAUUUAUAGCUGAAUUUAUGUACUGUUUUAUGUCUCUCUUCAGCUGUUAAAAUCUGCUGUUAAAACGGGGUAUGUACGUUUCUGUGCGUUAGCCCUGGUUUCCCAAACUAAUGCGCCUCAUCUUAUUAAAUAAAAUUGUGAACUUCAUUGAA